GUAACUUUUUGACGUGUCAGUGGGGGAAAACAAAAUUUUGCAAUUGAAAUCUAAAAGUGCUUUUUGCAGUGAAAAAACAGUGGAAAAGUGCAAAAAUUUCUAGUGAAUUUCAAUGAGUGAAUAGUGAGGAAAGGAUGUGAGAUGUAUUUGUGCUGGGAAAUUGUGUAAAUAGUGUAAAAAUCAAAGAUGUUCCGGAUUGAGUCAUACAUAACCCCAAUAAUCCUCAGUCACAUCGAGAAAUAUGUUAAAAACAUCCGACCACAGGAUGCCCAGCUUUCGCUGUGGAAUGGCGAAUGGGCAUUCCAGAAUCUUGACCUCCGGCUCGAUGUGCUGGAAGAGGAACUCAAUUUACCCUUCACAUUCCUCUCUGGCCACAUCCAUGAGCUCAUUAUUCGUGUGCCAUGGACAAAGAUUGCUUCAGAACCUGUUACUAUCACGAUAAAUACCAUUGAGUUUGUGGUGAAGCUCAAGGAGGAUGGAGCUGCUGCAACUCCUCGGGAGAAGAGCCGGAAAAAACCGGCUCCGGAGGAAGUUCAGGCUCCUCCGGGAUAUAUGGCGAGUUUGGUGAAUAAGAUUGCCCAUAACAUUUCAGUUCAGUGUCACAAUAUCAUUUUUAAGUAUUUGGAGGAGGAUAUUGUGAUGUCUAUGAAUAUUCAGGUGCUCUCAGUGGAUUCUGCGGAUUCCGAAUGGAAUCCAACAUUCAUUGAUAUUUCUCCCACAAAAGUCCUCCUCAGGAAAAUUGUCCGGAUCAGUGAUUUGACAAUUUGUCUGGACAAGAGAAAUGAAACGGGGAUUAUUGAUGUGUGCCAGGAGCCAAUUCUCUACAGAUGCUCCAUGGAAAUGCGCUUCUUGAGAAGAUAUAAUAUUUCUACUGCCCACAAGGCAUCAGUUGUGAGAGUUGAUGUCCAUACGGAUUGCAUAGACCUCAAUAUAUCCUCCCUGCAAUUCCCAAUGGUCAUGCGACUGAUGAAUCUGAUGCUAGUGCUAAAGCAGGGAAAGCUUAAGGCAAAAUAUCCACAGAAUGCCAAUGCAGAAGCCAAUCAGGAAUCAGAUUUAGCCGAUGACAGUGGGAAAUCAAUUUUUUCCUGGGCUUGGAACCUACUGCCAUCUAUCUUUCCGGAUGAGGAUCCUCCGGAAAGUGGCGAAGAGGAUCGUGGGCAUGUUUUGCACAGUGGAAUUUAUGUGGACAAACUCAAAGUGACAUUCAAGAAUCAGGAAAUUAUCAAUGAUUCUAUUGUGCACACGACCAAGAAGAUCAAAUACAAGCCGAUCUUGACAAUUGAACUCAGUGGCUGCUACAGUGAUGUGAUUUUGGUAGGGAAUCGUUGGUUUUCCCUGACUGGCGGCUGUUCGGCCAUUGAGAUCUUUCCCAUUGGCGAAUGUGUCUGUGGGCAGCGUCAAAUCCUGACGGGAUUCAUUAGCACAGAGACCAGGGAGGGCAAAUACUUGGAAGGAUCUUUAAAAGAUCCAACGGCUGAUGAGAAUCUUGAAAUUCAUCGAUCGUACAAUAUGCUCUGGGAUUUCUACUAUCUGAGACACACGGAAAACAGCCUUUUAGCCAAGACACCCGCCAUAGCCUUUGACCUGGUUCACACUGUUGAGAUUCCCGAUGACAUUGCCAGGAGUUCGGAUAUUGGAAGUGAUCUGGAAUUUAGUGAUUUGUCAGAAAAAUGCCUCUACAGGGCUUUUCUCGGUCCCCUGAUCGUACGAUACGGAACAGGCCUGGCACAUCUCAUUGAUACCUUCCGCAGCUACGUGAAUCUCUACAACUACGCUCCGUAUGUCGAGGAAAAAGCCCCAUUAACAUUCGCCCAACUUGCUCCAGCAUCAACAGAUGACUACGAUGCCCUUAUGGCUGAAAUCCCCUUCCGGAUGUUUGAGAUCACCGUGCAGAAGCCAACGCUGGAAUUUUACACUCGAGAUCAUGAGAAACUUCCAAAAAACGUCCGGAAGAAAUAUUCCCUGCCCCAGAGAAUGGACUCUGUUACUUCAAAUGCAACUCUUGAGCCCAAUUUCGUCAUCCGAACCGAACGAGCAGAGCUCACAGCAAUAACUCCAAUGUACCCAAAUCGUCUGGUUCACACUACCUGUCAACUUCCAGAUCCCCCAGAGGAACUCUUCACCGCCUGCUAUUCAAAAAUCAACGCUAAAGUCAAAAAGAUCGAACUUGUAUUGCAACGCAAUGAUUCCCACGCAAAUAUCAUUGAAAUUCCCGAAAUUAAUGGAUCCUAUUCCGAGCUCCUGCUCCCGGAACUCUGGGAGAAGGAUGAAAUUUUCCAAAUGACAGCAGAAGUUGACAUUUCAAACCUCAAAAUGGGUUUCAAUCGCCUGCAAGAGUUGCAUUUCCGGACAUCUCUUAGAGACUUCUUGUCAGAAACUUGGCAAAAUGAUUCUUUCGAGGAGAUUUUUGAUACAAAUCUCCCGAAGAUUCUGCUGGAAUUUUCAGGGUUGACAGCAGGUGUCAGGAAGACCAGAUGUACAAGUGUCUACACGGGAAAUCUUCAAUCUGUGGCUGGAAGUGUGGGAAUUCCCAGAAUUUCCCUUCUGUGUCCAGUGAUUUGUCAGGAUGACAAGGAAACUUUUGCUUCUGUGAUUCUACAAAUGCCCAAUAAUUCCACAAAAAUAGUCCAUCAACCAAUUGUUUCAUUCCAAAUCUCUGGGAUUGUCCUCAAUUUUGAUCUUUUGCUCAUUGAGUUCUUGAGUUAUCAAUCGACCAAGGAAGCUUCUUCAAGCAAAUUCGACGGGAUCUUCCCACCAAUUUCUGAUACACCAAAGAAAACGUCCAUCUCGGAGAAGAUUCUCAAGAGACCACCACCAAAAGUCCUUGAAACUGUACACAGUAGCUCUGAGAAGAAUACCACUGUGGUGUUCAGCAGGAAGAAGGAAACACCAAAGAAGCAAGUGAGUCUCCAGGAGAUGUAUUCAAUGUGGAAGAGUGUAGUGAUUGCUGGCGAGGUGAAAUCCUCGAGAAUUGUCUGUCCCAGAGCUAGCCUCAAAAGGACUCAAGAGCAUGAGACAAUAACAGAAAUCCUGCAGAGAUUGGACAAUCCCCAUUUGGUAAUUUUCCAAUUCCCUCGGUUGACUGUUCAGUCGUCCGGAAGCAAAAUUCCAAUGGCUCUGAUUAAGGAAAAUUUCCCAAUAGCCCUGCCAUGGGAGAGAGACAAGGAAACCUUUCCUUGGAGCUUGGUUCUUGCAGAAUUUUCGUGUUUGGUCAGAGAAGAUGAGAAGGAGUUUGUAUGCCUAGCUCCAGCUAGAACUAAUAUCUCUCUAGCUAUUACAUAUAAAUCACAGGAGGCUGAUAAAGGAGAUAAUCCCUUUGCCGUGGUCUUCCACAUUGAUAUCGCUCCGAUUGUCUUCAAAAUCUCAGAGAGUCAAGUGAAGCUUUUGCUAGAAACACUGAAGAAGUUCCUUACCCUCCCAGUUUUGGCUAAAUUGCUCAAAAUGGAGGAGACUGUAGGGAAUAGUCUGGAAAUUGCCCAGAGGCCUAUAAGUCCAGAGACCGAUGUGGAUUUAAAAGAGUUCCUGGGCAUGAAAACCACUUCCACGCAUGAUAUGUCCAGUGAUACCACGGAAGUUCUAAAAGAUGACCGAACUAUGGCCAAGGUGUCUAUCUGGCUUCAGUGGACACUAACCAGGCUCACCCUAAAAUUCUACAAUACUUCCCCGGAUGGAAAGAAACAGAAGUUCAUCCUGGAACUUGAAGAUAUAAUUUCCAGUAUAGAUUUGCGUGAUAUUUAUGUGAAAUUGAAGGCAAAGAUUGGAUCCUUCGUCGGAAAUUCCUUCCUGAUGGAAGAUUCUGGGAAUUGGAAGAAGAAUCCAUUGAUGGGGAUCUGUGGCAGAGCCACAGAGAGUUCAGAUCCAAAUGAUACAUUCCUGGAUUUGACAGUGACCAAAGCAGAGACAGGCAAUGUCCAUACGAAAUGGGGUACUUCGCGGAAGAAUAGAAAUCUCAAUGAGAGCCUCACAGAAAUCAUGCUGAACAUGCAGCAAAUCGAUGUAAAGGUUGACCUAGAUGCCCUGCAAACCUUUGUGGGAGUUUUGAAAAUUCUCACGAGCGUUGAGUCCGGACAGAGGAGUUCAGGAGGAGUUUUGAGUGUGGAAAAUAUCCCAUUGAUCUACUUCCAGAGCAAGGGAUUCAGAAUAUUUAUCCCUAUUGAAAAUACCAGUGAAAAUUGCAAUGUUUACAUUUUGAAAGUUGGACAUGUGAGUGUAGCUCCAGCUGUUGAGAAUCCUCUGUCCAGGAUGCCUGUUCGUCCGGAUAUCUAUACCAAAGCUGCUCAAUUGCGAAUCCUCAAUAUUCCAGGGUCAAAAAUUGAAGAUCGACAGUAUGAACUUUUGCUGAAGAGCAUAACAAUUGGCACGGGGAAUUGGGCAGAAGUGAUUGGAUUGAUGGAGGGAACGUCAGAAGGAUCAAUUGUCUACAAUGAGAAUCCGGCUUUUGUGUGGAACAAUCAGUCAAAUAAAACAGCCGUGGACAUAAGUGCAAUAUUUAAAGAUUUCAACUGUUCCCUGAUCUUUGCUCCCUGCAUCGUCUUCAACAAUAUCCUUGUUUGUGGACAGGGAGUGGAAUUUAAUUCCCUAACCGACCUCAUUCUCCAUCUAAACACCAAUCAAAUUCGAGUUGGAUUGAUCCUACUACAAAAACUCCAAAAGCUUGCUGAAACCUUUGCCAAAACGAGGGAUACCUGCAAGAAACCCAGUAUCAAGCUUUCCCUGAAGUCAUCAAAAGUGAGAACUGUUCGGAAAGUUCUGGAAAAAUCCGAAUCAGACAUCAAGGAUUCGGGAUUUGAGUCAAUCGAAGUGGACAAAAAGUCCACAGUGGAAAUGUCAAAAGAUAAAACCAAAGCUGUCAUUCCAUAUGAUUUCUCCUUCGUGGGAGGAGUCUUCACCAUCAAUCUCUACCAUCAACUAACACCACAGGCUACAGUAUCCAUCUUCCAGCCGAAUCUCUUCAUAACCCAAGGAGUUUAUGAGAAAACCAUCCAAAUGAGUGUAUUUGACAUGAAAUGGAGUCUCGAAGGACCAAAAGAUGAACUAUCCGAUGUGAUUUUCAGCACCAGCAAAGGUCAAUUGGAUGCAAUGGGAAUCCCUCCGUCAAUUUUCAAAGUCAGACUCCAUAGGAAUAUUUCCAAUGAGUCAAAUUUAACCAUUCAACUAGGACGUUAUAUGAAAGUCCAAUUCUCGGAUAAAUCCUUAAAGAAAACCAUGGAAUUCAGGACAAUAAUGGAGGAUCUUGGAUGGGAUUUUAAUAAAAAGUCACCAAGUGCAAUUCGAAAACCCGCCAAUGCAAUAAAAUUCAUCAGAAUGUCUGUCCUGGACUGUGAGAGUGUUUUGUUCACACUGUCUCACCUGGAAGUUGUGGCCAGGGCAGAAAGUCAAGAAAUCAAGGCGAUAGCGAAAGAUUUAUCAGCAAAAGUGAAACUCUUUGAGAGACCUUCGAGAGCUCAACUCGAUGUCACCCUCAAAAUCCUAACUGUGAUGACGCAACAGCAUACGCUGCUCCAUCCAACAUCCCUCACCUUCAGCAGCUGCCUCAUCAGGGAAGCUUGGCAGAAGACACCCAUCUGCACAUGCCAUUUUUCCACCAAAUACAUUCAAUUGGACAUUGGACCAGAGAAUAUCCUGACAUUCAGGGAGAUUCAUAAAUCUCUGAUGGAUUCCCUUGGAAAAAUCGCUGAUUCUGCAGAAAUGGCAGAAUCAACCCUCCCGGACAGCAUUCAAGGAACGAAUGCAGACUUGCACAAUGUCACUCCCAUUAAAGUACCCAAAUUCAAGCCGAAAGACAAUGGAAGAGUCUCUGAAGAGUACUACAGGGAUGAUCUCAGAGCUGGAGCUUUCCAGUUCAUCGAAGUUCAUCACAAUGAUGAUAGUUUGCCGCUUCCCUAUCAAAUUCAGAUCAUUAACCGGGAUGUUGGCAUUAUCUGCUGGAGAUAUCCACAACCUCGAGCCCUUAGCAAGGUUGAUGUCUUCCCAGUACCGUUCCCGACUCUCUCUCCUGUGGAGAUCCGUUGUACCAUGGAGUACUAUUCGGAAGCCCAUGGAGACUUCCUACAUCACUGUGAGUUCCAUUUGUCGGAAAGUGAAAUGAAAACAUUGGAAAUGCCCAAGAGCAAGGUGACAGCAUCAAUCUGGCGUGUUGUGAUGUCUAGCCCAAUGGUAUCUGUCGAUGGGACAUUUUUUGAGGAGGAGAGUUCAUCAGCAGAGGAAGAGAGUCUCCUGGUGAAUCGUGAUCCCUUCAUCUACAACAUCAAUGACAUUCUACAACGAGUGGAAAGCAAUAAUUCUGGGAAUGCUUCAGUAUUCAAUCUUCAUCCGAAGAUCUUAGUUGCCUGUUUGAGGAUUGAUUCUGUCUUUAGUCCGGCAUUGAUUCCCAAUUUCCGGGGAUGUGUAGAUAUUGCACAAAUUGAGGUAAAUCUAAUGAAUCACAUUCCUGUGCGUCCUGUGAAGAUUCCAGCUGUUAUUAAGGACUUCAAUCCGACUGGAGGGAUUACCCCUUGUCACUCAGUGGGAUGCUUGAGGAUUCUCAAUGCCAAAGGGCAUGUGAGUAUCUUGGAUGAGUGGAAUUUAUCGCUGGGAGUGGAUCUGAUGGUGGAAUUGACUGUUCUCGACUAUAGCUACCUUGUGAGUUAUCCAGUGGUGGAAAAUGCCAGGAUAUGUGGAGCUAUUGAGAAGGAUGCAGAUUAUGUGGGGAUAAAUGCAAUGUGUGAGCCGAUUAGGGUGAGAUUUGGUCCAGGAAUUGGUCAUACUUUAGCCACAACUCAUUCCCUGUGGACACAGAGUCUGCAGAAUGCAAAGGAACCGAUGGAAAUGGUUCUUGUUACGAGAUUUCUCGUGUGCAAUGCUACUAAUGUUCCUUUGGUAUUUGGUCAGGCGGAGUUGGAUGAGAAAAUUUCUCUUCCGGCAAAAUUUUGCCAUUUGUAUGUCUUUAGGAGUGAGAAGAAGGAUCAGAAGAUGAUCUUUACAGUUGCCUGUGAUUCUCAGUAUCAAUCGGAUGCUUGUGAUAUUGGAAGGGAGGGUACUCAGGCUGUUCGUCUAUCAAAUGGGGCAGUUCUUUUGGUGAUUAUCGAGAAGAUUUCUUCGACGCAGCGGAAGAUUACGUUGAAGGGUCAGAUUGAGGUUUACAAUAUGAGUUCAGAGUCUUUCAUUGUGCAGCUGAAGAAUCCGGAAAUUUUGACGGAUAUUCAGGUUUUGGGGAAGAAAUCUUCUAGUUCUUUGAAUAUUCAUCCUCGUGGGGAGGUUCCUCAAUCCCUGAGGGUUAGAUUCAAUCAUGAAAGCUGGUCAGGAGAGAUUCCGCUGAAGUCUACGGGAAAAGUUCUUCCAUGGUUAGUUAAAAUUCCUCUAAGAUCGUCUUUUGUGAGUUUCUGGCUUCGGAUUGUUCGGGAUGAUGUUCAUGCGAGAAUUAUCAUUGUGAUCUGGCCACUUUUUGUCCUAAAGUCAAAUCUCGGAAUCAGUAGUACCAUCUACGAAGCCCAGUGUGAUAAGAGUUUUUCAAUUGCGGGCAGAGGAACUGUCACGGAAUUGAGUUUCCCCGGAACGCAUGAAGAUGAGCACAAUCUUCAGUUCAAUACGAAGUUUAUCUCAGCCUACGGAGAGGAUAGGCGAGAUGUGCUCCUGUCUUAUCGAGCCAUUGAGAAGAAUAUGCUGUUCCCGGGGAAUCUCGAAGAGGACAUUGGAAAGACCAUUCAGAACUUGGAGAAUUGCCUAGCUGAACCAAAGUCCUCUUGGCCAUGUUUGCGCGAGGAGGAACUUCAGUGGGAGCGGAAAGUUAAGAAUCAAGGAGCUACAGUUCCCAUCUACAAAUUCUCAUCCAGUGGCCAGAAUUCAAAUUGUCUCCAACUGGAAGUUUCUUCAUGGUGCCUCUUCAUCAAUUCCACAGAAUUUGAGGUGAAACUGUCCAGUUGGGAUGAUAAGCAGAACACAGUAGCCCGAAGCAAUGAUAUAACUAUGCUUUUUGGGUCAACGCAACCCUUCCGGAUUGCCCUGUCAAUUGAAUCCACCUGGAUUUCCUUCCCAGCAAUUUACUUCAAUGUCGCAACUGACAAGAAAAUCACCCCAAGCAUGAUUCUUCCGGAUUCUGGAAGCCUUCCGUUGGAAGUGAGCUUUGACAGUGGCAUAGCCAAAGUCCAGUUGACUUCUAUCCAAGAAAAUUCCUCACGAACUGUAAUUCUCUCCAGUCAUUUUGUCGUGUCCAAUUUCACCCAACACAAUCUCACAAUCUGGGCUUUUGCCAUUCUCAGCCAGGAUCGGAAGACCCUGAUCAAGCCCAAUGAUGCCGUUAACUUGGGAAACUACCUCAUUCCACCACAAUCUGGCCAGAAUCCCAAAGGAGUAGCUCUAACAGCCUUCUAUGAUUUAUCUCCGAAGAGAAAGAAAGCCAGCAAGGGAUACAAUUACUUCCUGGCCAUUAAAUAUUCCACCGAUGGAGAAUAUUCCUGCCCAAUCCAUCUCAAUGACUCAAUCAAUUGCAAAUCCGUGAGUCUUCCCUUCGGCAAUGCCUACAUUCCCCUGAGGAUCUCCCUGAUCAAGCGACAGGAUCAGAGUUUUAUCACCAUUCACGAGGAUCCCUUCCCUAAAAUGUGGAUUGAGAAUUUCACCGAGUACAGCCUCUACGUGGCUCAAGCAGAUUCAGUAACUGUCAACAAAGCUCCAAUAGCCGUCCGGGAAUGCUUCGAUCAGCAUUUUUCCUGGUAUCAAAUUGUUCCUUUUAACACAAAAAUACCCUACACGCCUCCACUCGUCGACCGAGCCUUUCCGGAUGAUUCCCCAUCGGAAUUCGGACUGAUCUUUGCCUUAGUCACCGCAGGAACAACAAUCCGUUGGUCCGUUCCGAUAGUGAUCAACGAGAGGAAGCAUGUUUUCCUCACCAUUCCACUAUGUGGCGAUCUCAAAGUGUCCGUGGACACACGAUGGAAAUCCACUAGAAUCUUCAUUGACUACAUCAGUGCCAAUUUGGAAUUUUCCGCCAGUGAUAUCCGUUCAAGGCUCCUCAAUCCCACCCGUGUGCCUGAGAAUGUCAAUCAAGUGCCUGAAUUUGUUCCCAAAGACGCCAAAUUCACUCAAACCCAAAAGCCCCAGGAAGAAAUACCCAAAACUACCAUUUCAUGCAAUAUUCUCGCCAAAGAGAUCAAUCUGGUGCUUUACAGUGAUCAAGAAGACAAGAAUGCCAUCAAGAGUGAAUUGAUAUCAAUCAGUGUGGACAAUUUUGUCAUCAAAUUUGAGAAUCAAAUGCCAAAGAUGCAAAUUGGUAUUGGAAAUGUCCAAAUUGACAAUCAAUUGCAUUUAUCCGGGAAAUUUGAUUUCCCAGUCGUUCUCUGUGCUCAAAAGCAACAAAAUUCCCUGGGGAAUAUUUCUUCAGUUCACAAUCUGCCGAAUUUUCUGUCUUCCGGCCACAUUGAGUAUCUCUGUGAGAUUUCUGUGGAUUUCUACGAGAAGGAAUUCAUCAUGAGAGCCAUUCACUGCCACAUGAAUCCCAUCAAAGCUUACAUCGAAGAUACUUAUAUGAAUGCCUUGUUGGACUUUUUGGUUGAGUGUCUGCCAACGAAUCUGGUUUACAAAUCACCCGUCGAGGGUAUCAGGGAAACCUGCCCGGGAGGCAUUGUCAUCCUUCCCAGUGAGGUCGUUAGUCAGGCAGAUCGCUUGGCUAGACCACUUCAAUUGGAAUCCCUACGAUUUGACAUCCUCCAUGUCCUCUUGUCAGUUCACACUUGCGUCCGAUUCUACAUAGCCCUUGACCAUAGUCCCUUGGUGUUCUCAGCCUUUGAACGCAAGAACAUUAACACACAGAUGAUGAGAUUAGGCUAUUCCCUGGGCAUGCAUUACCUCUCCGGUGCAAUUUUCGGAGCAGGUUGGGUUGUGGGAAGCCUUGAAAUCUUGGGCAGUCCAAGUGGACUGGCUAGAUCAGUGUCAACAGGACUGAGAGAUUUUGUCUCUCUGCCAGUUGAGGGAUUGUUCAGGGGUCCAUGGGAUUUUCUCGUGGGAGUUACUCUGGGAUCAGCAUCCCUGGUGAAAAAUAUCACAGCGGGAACUUUGAAUUCUGUGACAAAACUGGCAACUUCAGUGGCUAGAAAUCUCGAUAGAUUGACCCUGGAUGAGGAGCAUCUUCAGCGAACUGAUGCCCUUAGACGAUAUCGACCUCAGGGAUUGACUCAGGGCUUUGCGCAGGGCUUAACGGACUUUGGGAUUUCGCUGUUGGGAGCAAUUGGAGGCAUUGCCAGGCAUACACUGGAAGCCAGAUCAGCCACGGAAGUAUUUACAGGAGUUGGAAAAGGGUUAAUGGGGGUGAUUCUAAAGCCAAUCAGUGGAGCUGCUGAAUUAGUUGCACUAACUGGUCAGGGAGUUCUUCACAGUGUUGGCUACAAUGCCCUGCCCAAUUGUCGAUCUCCUGGAUCACUGAUAAAUGUCUCAGGAGCAGCCACUGCCACAAAAAUCGCAUGGAAGAUGCUCCCAGCGACUUUGGCUAACGAUUCAGCCCUAUUUUCUGCCCAUGUGACAAUGAUCUCAAGUGAUAAAGGCCUCAGGGCAAGUCUCCUGACUGUCACAGGGAAGAUUGUGACACUGAUGGAUUUGGGACGGGAUGAAUUGGUGCAAAUCAUCCCAAUGGAAAAAAUUCAGGUGGAAAUUGACGAGAAUGAUGCCACAAUUGUCAUCAUUAAAAUUAUCUCCAAAGGAAAUAAUGCAGACGAGGAUAUUGCGACAAAUCAGUAUCCCAUCCAAAAUCGUGUUCGUGAGUACAUUCAGCGAUCGCGAGAGCAAUUACCCAUCUAUUCGGAUCAGGGAAGUAUUCAGAGUAUCGAGGAGACUGAUGAGGAUCGUGAUCAAGGCAAUGCUGAAAGUAUUUCCUUCUACAUUCACUCUCACCUUGGACAACAUUUCACCACCUACAUCAACUUCCUCCGAAGCAUGCAAUCCUGAGGCAUAGUAUCAACGCGCAAAAAGUAAAAUUGUAUUUGAUGAAAAAAAUGUCUUUAUUGAUAUUUUUUAUAUAUUCAAAGAGAAAAAAAAGAGUUCUGUGAUCUUGAUCGCGAUCUUACAAAAAAAAAAAACAAAAACUUCUAAAUAUCGCCUAAACAAUUAUUGUAAAUUAAACACCUAUUCAUUAACUAA